GAAGACGAGCGUCCUCUUACUAGUUUGGCGGUGGGAGGGGGAGGGGAGGAGAGAGAGAAAGAGAGAGGCUGAAACACUUACCUUAACCCUACGGCAACCCUGAGGCGGCGCCAGCCGAUCGGAACGCAUGGAAGAACAGGAGGAGGGCCUCCCGCCGCUAUCCGACGCGUCCUCCAGCUGGAAAUCCUCGGCCAACGGCGCCUCCAUCUCGAUCGCCUCCCUCCGCGACCUCUGCGUCGGGGAGGGCCUCGACUGGGGCCUGCCCGGCGGGAUCGGGGACGGAGUCCCGCCGGCGUUCGAUCUGCCGUCAUGGGUGACGGAGGAACCGAGAUCCAGCGACGCAGCCGCGGCACUGGCGGCGUCGAGCUCGAGCGACGAGCGUCCCGGCGGGAAGCCCGCCGAGAAAGCGAACACAAGUGCCGAAAGGGUGCAAAAGGGAACUCGUCAACCGAGGUUUGCAUUCAUGACCAAGUCUGAAGUGGAUCACCUGGAAGAUGGCUAUCGGUGGAGAAAGUACGGACAGAAAGUCGUCAAGAACAGCCCAUUUCCGAGGAGCUACUACCGGUGCACACACAGCAAGUGCAAUGUAAAGAAGAGAGUCGAGCGCUGUUCGCAAGAUCCCAGCAUCGUCAUCACCACCUACGAAGGCCAACACUGUCACCACACCGUCUCCGCCUCCCCUCGCACCGACGCGUCGCCAUCUCAACAGCUUGCCUCAUCGGCACCGCAGAUUUGUCUGCCGGCGAUGCAGUUCCAUCGGAACCCUCCCGUGCUUCCUGUCAUCCGUCCAGGCCAAGUAAUCGGUCCACGGUACGAGGAGCGAACGUCGAUGGCGAUGGAGAGAACCUCGCCGGCUCCCACGGACGAAGGCCUGCUGGAUGACGUCGUGCCAUCUGGAAUGAGAAGGACAUGACGAAAGUAAUCUGGUUCCUCGGAAGAAAUCGAAGCAUGGAAAUAUAUAUAUUCAUCUACGUGGCUCCUCUUUCGGUUAUUAGACUUACUAAUCAUUUGUAGCUCUUCUCAUUUAAUUUCUAGAUCUUCUUCUGUUGUUGUAAGAGUUCAUGUCGGAGAAAAAGAGAACUCAUAGCUAUUCAUGGGAAGAACGAGAUCUCAA